ACUACGUCCUGGAUGCAGACCGCAUCUACGGCGCUUACUCACCGGGUGUGCACCAUCAUUCGUCUCGCGACGCUCCGUUCGGCACCACGCGUACCACUUCGUGCUCCGUGAUCAAACUUAUACUCGUGCACCACGCGUCUUUUUAUACCUUUGAAUAUUUUUCGCCCUCAUCAGUGCAUUCUUACCGCUUGGUGAUAUUUUCGUUCCGUGUCGUCGUCUAAAAUAUUUUUCUACCCUUUUUUGACAUUUUUCGAGCUUAACUUUAAAAUUGUGAACUUCUGUGAAAUUUGUGUACAUGGCUUUCGACAUAAACACUGUGCGCCGCUGUCGAAAUUUCCUUUGAUAUUUUAUUCGGUUCAAACUUUUUGUUUUUUUUGUCAUCUCGGAGUGAUUUAAGUGAAGUUACUAUGGCGAUCCCGUUUCAUCUGCCCUCGGACGAAGAAACCGAGGAGAAUUAUCGCCGGCUGGAUCAGUUACUCGCCGAUCUCUACGAUGUUUUGAGGCAAAUUUUACUACGUCCCCGGCACAUGCAAGCUCCUUCAACGAGGAUAGUGGAAAACACUGGCUUCACCACCGAGUCGGAGCAAGACUUCGAACCUCCCAGUGAUUCAGAUCUGGUACAAGAAAGGCUGAUGGCCCUUCCUGACCUUGUGAGGAGCGCCAUGUCUCCAGCCCUGAACAACCUCUCAAACCGCCUGCAAGAAUCGAACCUCGAAUGCCACUGCGAUUCGUCCACCGUCUCACCAUCAACCCCCGUUAGCUUACCAAGGCACCAAUCACAAUCAGACGAAGUUGACGGCCCUAUGCAGCGACCCCGACCAGCAACUAGGAACCUCAAUAAACGGAGCCUUUCUCCCAAGAGGUAUCUCUCCAAACUCCCACACUCGUCCAUGAAGACCCUGAGGCCGCAAAAGAAGUGGGUUCACGUUGGCGAAGAGCUUAGAAGUAUAGCCGAGGACUUCCGCUCUACUUUCCAAAAGAGUCCCCUGAACAAGACUGAGCAUUCCCGGAGCCCAAUGCCGGAAAUGAAAGCAUCAAGUUUAUUCUCGUUACUAGUCCCCUCUCCUCUCGGCAAAUCGGUGUGGACGACGAUAAUAUUCAUCGUGGGAUGGAGACUCAUCACCCGCCUACAAUGAGUCUCAGCUCAGCCGGUAAUCGAACAAAGUGUUUGACAUUGAUAGUAAUUGAUGCCCAAAUAUGUCGAAAAACAAUCGAAAAAUUGUAAAAAUUCGGCCAACCAGAAAAUGCCAUUGCAAAACUCUACAAUGUUUUGUUGCUCAAAAGCAAUGAGUGAUUUUGGUUAGUUUAUUUUUGUUUUCAGUUCCUCAGCUUCAAUUUUUGAAAUCUAGAAAUUACGUGAUUUAUUGUACGAUGCUUUCUUAGAACGUUCAGCCGGAACACAUUGUGAUGUUUAAGAGGAGGCAGCACUGAGAUUUUACCUGUCGUUGUAACCCUCGGGUUUGAGCUUUUCUAAGUACAAAAGUUGCUUCUGCAGCAAGACUACAAACGCUACCCGCCUUUAACGCUGCUUUACCACCCCUCAAACUUCCACAUAGAUUGAAAAAACGCACACAUUUGCUUCUCAACGAGUUUUGAUAUUACUCGACGUCUACGGUUUCUUUGUAGUACUUUUACGUAGUACGGAAGAAGGUGUGUUCAUACGACCAAAAUUCAAAGUUCAACCCUCCGCCUGCACUCGGCUGCAAAUUAUAACAUUUAUAUUUUCUAGUUUCAAUUGUUACAUAAUUAUGGUUGAUUAGUUUCUUUUAUUAGCCAGAGUUUAAACACGUGGGUUUUUGUUUGAAAUUUGGUUCAAUUUUUCUUUUUUCAUACCAAAGGGGAACAAUUCUGAAUAGAAAAUUUUUUGGUUAGUUUUUCCACUUUAAAAUUGCCAUUGUAUAUUCAAAGACUCAGUGUACAGAAAAUGUGUUUUGCUGUUUAAUAAUUAUUAUUUUUUUAUUUAUUUUUUUUUUUGUCAAAUCACUUUCCCUGUGAUUGAAAAAAAAUUAGCAGGGAGAUGAAACUAGUUUUCAAUAUGAUCUCUAUUUAGCAUAGUAGUCAAGGUGCUCGACUUUUCCAGUCGCACCUUGAUUUUUGUACAUAAUAGUUCUUACGCCCCCCCCCCUCAUCUUUCCCUUUAGCAAAAAGUGAAGUAACAUUUGAUUGCAAGAAGGUGUCGCAAGCCAAAAGUUGGCCACCUUUGUCUAAUUUUUCUGCUAUGGAAAAUUUCCCACAAGAAAUAAUGUGAAUUUUUCGUCUUUUUUGCCAGAUAUUGGUUCAAUGAUCCCCUUAUUCCUUUCAGUAAAGAAAAUAAUAAAUCCAUUCCCAUUUUAACACCGAAUAAUUGUAGUUAAAUUUCAUCAGUCGGUUGUUUCCUAGUAUUGGCUUCAAGUUUCACUUAUUGCCCUGCUACUUACGACCAUAAAUGUCGUCUUCAUUUUCUUUCUGCAUAACUCUACCUUUGCUUACUCCCUAUAAUUCUUAUUUCCAUUUUAUCAUCAUACUAUUCUAAGUCCUCUGAUUUUACCCAUUUGUUUCAUAUUGUAUGUUACAGCUUUAGUUAAAAUCACCAAAAAAUCAAGUCAGUCGUAAAUAAUAAAGUAUCAUUACUAGCUUACGUUAAUUAUUGUCGAGAAGCUCUGUUUGUACAUAAAAUGUUGCUUUUAUCUUGUUUAGUGCUUAAAUGUUUUGUCUAUUUCCCAGGCUUUGUAAGUAUGAGUAAAUUAAUAAUUAUUUUGUUGUACCGAAGUGGUGUUGUAAAUAAUAUAUUCCAUGUUGUAAAGGUUUGUAAAAUGUAAAAAGCUGUAACUGUGACUCUCGAAAUCUUGCUCCAGUUUUAAUGAGGACUCUCCUUGUCAUCGCUUUUCUUUUCUUAUAACAGUUUCCAGUUUUAACUUUUUAAAAUAUUCUCUGCGUACUUACUUCGAUAUUUUUCCAACAUUUUUAUUUUUCCCUUGAAUUUAUUUUUUUCGCACGGUUUCAGCUAGCAAAUCAAUUCGUUUAAAUGACUGAAAUACCUUAACCAAUGUUUAUAUUCAUUUAAGUAAUUCACUCUCUACCUUAGUUUUAAUUUUUCAAGUGAAGACUGAUUUUUUUCUGAUUUUCUUCAGUAAUGUGUACCUCCGAUAUCUUUGUGCCGAGGAGCAUGCAAGUCAACAAUUAACUUAAAGACUUAAUAGAUUUUGUCCCUCCCGUGUAAAACUCACUUGGACUUACCAAUUGAGUUUCUUUCUCUUUCAAGAAACUCUUUGUCUUUCGAUAAGAAGUCAGUUUUCCUCUUUUUUACGUUUGUUUUUUUUCUUUGCAUUUGAAAUUAAAAACAAAAACAAACUUUUCAAGCGUGUGUUCAAAAGCUGAAUUUAAAAGACUGAGUUCUUAUUAAGAUUUGUAAAUGAAAACUUGCGAGUUUUGAAACCGUUAUCUGGAAACCUCCCUCAUAUUUUAAUUUCUCUCUUUGAUCAUAAGUUUAAUUUAUUUUAACUCAUCUACAUUGAUUUUCUUCCUUUCAUUUUAAGGGAGGAAAGUCCCAUCAAAAGUAUAACCCAAACGUGAAAUGUCCUCAUUAAAACUCAAGUGUUGUGUGUGUUUUAAUAUAGCAAGAUUUCGCCAUCAAAGCGUUACUGUGAUCCGCCUUUUAAAAGGCAUAAUAAAUAUUUAGGUAUGUGCAUAGAUUCAUUCUGAUCUCAAGACUGCCAAAUUCAAAUUUCAAGUAACCAAUUUUCCGAAGCAUGUAGUAAACUUGCAUUUAAUCAGUAUGUGAGCAUGAAGGAUUUCACAGCUCAUAUAUAUUGAUGAGAAAAACUAAAUUAAAAUUACAAUUAUAUUUCAGCCUUUGAUUUUCUUUGGCCUUGAGUCUAUUCAACUUUAAGCAAAUGGAUAAUCGUCUGUUUCAAUUAAGUAAAUACAUUUAGCUUGUACCAAAAAAUCAGAAUGCAAUUUGAUGUGCUUCAAAAUAAUGCUACGAUAAGCAAUGUUUUUUUCUUUCUUUUUCAAAUGAAGCACAUUUAAUUUCUUGGUACAUCCCAUUUUUUUCACGGCAGUCCCAUCCAUUUCAUAAAAAUUCACGACUCCCUCUCCAUUUUUGACGUCCUUUUUCACUUCAGAUUUGAAAAAAAUGAUGUGUUCAAAUGCCUAAUUUUUAUUUAUUAUAUAAAAUGUAUUCAAAUAAGCGUUUUGUGAUCAAUUUUAUGUAAUCAUUCUAAACAUAAGAUUUUUUUUUAAAAAAAAUUCUGAAAAUUAAUUUUAAGUUUCCGAGAAAGAAAUAUUUUUAUGAACAGUUUUUUUAUGAAUUGAAGAUUUAUCUUUAUAUUUUUAUUUUUUUCUAUCACCUUUUUUUAAUCCGAAAAGAAGCAAAAGAUAUCUUUCUCUUUGUGAAGCUUAAAGCUAUUUAAUUUUUUUCUCUCAAAAUGUUGUUCGUUCAUCCUCAAUAAAUUAAAUUUUUUCUGCUUAUCUAUGUCUGUUUCAAAAAAUUUAAUGCAAAUAAUCAGUACAUUAAAGGCCCUAGAGACAGAAUGUCCUGUAAAACCCUUCAUUUUUUUAAAGUUUAGUCACCACAAUUUAAAUUUCAUUUGCUGAAAAACUUGCUCGAAUUUUGUAAUGUGUUUUGAAGUUCUACUUCACAAUCGUAGCAAGGCCCACAAACUGAUGAGACCGACACAAAA